AUGUCAAUAACUAAAGCAACAUUGGUAAUUUAUCGACAUACAAAGGAAAGGGAAGUUUCAUAUGGAAAUUACAGUGGUCAUCACAUUCCCCUCAAUGUACUAAAAUCAGAUCUGUAUUUAACACCUGAACAUGCAAUGAAUAUUGUCUACUUUCGUCCGUAUAACCCACCUCUGAGUUGUCACUGUACAUUAUUCUACUCAAAUAAAUAA